AUGGUCGUACGUCGAUUGGAGACUUUCCUCCAAGAUAAGGUUCCAAAUGGAUAUUCAAACAUUAAUAUUAAGGAUGAAAUUGAAAAAUAUUUCCGCGAUGUCGAUGUCGCAUCUAGUCCACCGAAACCUAUUGUGGUGGUAGCCACAAGCUCGUUGAUCGUCAAAGUUUGCCGUUCGGACACCAAAGCCCAAUUAUGCGGGGGACGUUUUCAAUCCGUUUGCACGAUGCUUGAUAACUUCUUUUCUAAGAUGACCAAUCUUGGAGUAGAGCUCGUAUUCUACGUGCAUGAGCCGUUAAUGGAACCUAAAUAUAAAUAUUGGUACCAAGGACUGACCGAAGUAGUUGACUGCAUUGAUGGAGGAACCGACAUGGCACAACUGCGAAAAAAAAAUCAUUACUAUCCGGACAUUGCAUCGUACGCUAACGAAGUUGGAGCGUAUGCCGUUUUGGCAUGUAGCAGUUCGUAUCUAAUAUACGAGGGUCGGUGGCGUUUGUGGUCUACCAGGGAUGUCGAUUUCGACCAUCUCGAAACUAUGGAAUACAAUCGCUCCGCACUCCUGCAAACAUUGAACCUGAACUAUCGACAGAUGCAACUGUUUGCCGUUUUGGCCGGCGAUGAUAGCCUUCCUUAUGGGCAGAUUUUAAAGUUCCAGACAAGGAUGGCUUUUAUCGUAUCAAAGAACGUUCAAUCUUCACUCUUCACACGAUUCAAUCAGUGCCAUCAAAGAGAAAUGGAAAACAUCGCAACAACAAACACCCGGCAUGGCUCAUUUAGCCCCAGUGUGAUGAUUGAUCUUCUGCUAAAGCAGGACGAUUCGUUUAUGUACGAUGUUUGGGUGGGCCAAUCAAUUAACAUAUCCGCCAUUCAUCUGGAUAUGCGUCGUCGUGAAUUUGGCAUGUUAUAUCCGGAUUUAGCAAUUUCACUGACCCUCCGUAUGGCAGGUAUUAUUUUGUAUUAUAAAGGUGUCGAAGAGUGCACCCAAGUCCACUUGUAUAUCAAACCUAAGCAUGAGGAUGAAGCUGUAAUUUUAAAGAGGAAUGCCAUCCUUCCCAAGGACAUCACACCACCAUCUUUACCAGAACUGUUCUCCAAAGAAAAAGAAGUUUAUUUUGCCCUCGAAGACAGAAAACUACAACUGUACUGUUGGAUUGGCUCAGAGACUCUGAACUAUCAGACGUUGAGUUCUAUUCCUGAACAACUACGUGUUACAGCAGUAACUCUGUACUAUCUGCGAGAGAAAAAUAUUGUACAACUUUUUGAAGCUGACUUACUCCUCCAAGUAGCGUACGAUGUGAUCUUUGAGUCGUUCAAGUGUCAAGAUAUUCAAUAUCCACACCGGUUGGACAGUCGAGCAUUUCAUGUGGUAUUCAUUUUCCAAGCAGUUUACUAUCAUUUCCAUCAGGCAGUCAAACGGGUUGGCUUGGAUUGGGCGAGUUUUCGAGGCUAUCUACCGUUUGAUGGGGUGCGAUUCCAUAUGCACUAUGAUUACUGGAAGCAGCAUAAAGGCAAUUUGGAACAAAUUGCACCAUGGCGAAUUUACAAGCAUCUUCUAGAGCACGCCUCAUCGAACUCGGAGGAAGUGAAGUGAAAAU